GAUAAUCGCUUCUGUGCACAAUAUUUAUGUUCCCUUGCAGUGUUCGUCCUAGUCUGCUGAACCAUCAUGUUUCGGAAGAAAUUGACACCGUCCCCAGGAGCUCAAUCUCCCAAAGUACAGUCUGACGAAGGCGAUGAAGAGGGACCAGCAAGGGCAUCACCUAUCCGUUCUCAUCCAGUGCAAGUGGGAGUGCUUGCCUCAACCAUCCUCUUCCUGUACAUCGUUUAUUUGACCAUCGAGUCCAACUACGGAAAAGAGAAAGUGAUCCGGAGAACCUCCGUCUGCGACAAUGCAGCCUGCCAACUGUAUGCCUACCACCUGCAAAGAUCCAUCGCCGCGCAGGUAGACCCUUGCACAAACUUUUACGAUCACGUCUGUGGCUCCUGGAAACCUCCGAGGGAUGGACAGAAAUCCGUUGGUCAGGCACUCUACGAGUACGUCAUGGUCGGCGUACGUUCCUGGUCCGAACGUCACGCGUUGUCCCGGAUGAACAGGGCAACGCUGAAGGCUUCCAGGCUUCUGAAAGCCUGCUUGGAGAGUAUCGAAGACUUCUCUUCAAACAUCGGCGACCUCAUCUUUCUAAUGGAGGGGGUGAGUCUGAGGUGGCCCCAUCCACCCGACCUCCAGGCUCAUCCGCUUGAGGCGCUCGUACAGCUCGCCGCAAGAUGGAGGACUGAGUUCGUCUUCAAAGUAGCGUUGCGCGUCUCCAACGUCUCCAAGGUAAUAUAUUUUUACCCAGGUGAGCUCGUCCAUCACUUCGUUGACCAGAAGAUGAAGGAUGACUACCACGACUACCUUAGUGGACAUGCGGAAAUGUUAGGACUCAGUAUAACCAGAAAGGAAUCCGCGUCAAUGAUGAAGACAGCCAAGCAAGUUGGACGAAAGAUGGCCGCGUUAAAGAGAAAAUUACACGGUGAGCAGCAUUCAUUGUUUACGAUCCAGUCCGCACAAAACAUUACGACCGAAGUGAACGCAGAGACAUGGUUGACCUUCCUGAACAGCCAUAUCCACUUGAGCGAUGACACGGACAUGAAGGGCCACAUAGGACUUAACGACAAAUUCUUCGUGACGGACAUCCGGGUCUUCGAAGCCCUUGACGGCAUUCUAAAGAUGAAUCGCUCCGAACUUCUGAACUACAUCGGUUGGAAAAUUGUGGAACUCUUUGGCGACGCUUUCUUCUCGGACGCUGCGUUCCGAGGCAAUAAGGGCCUCGACUGCUGCGCCAGGGUAGAGGCUGUGUACGGCUAUGCUCUGACUGCUUAUUACACUAUGGCCGUAUUAACGGAUGACUACCUGAAUAAGACCACCGCGUUGUUCAAGGAGGUUUCGGACGCUACACGAGAGCUCCUGCUGGAAAGUGGGUGGUCCAAUUCCAGCGUGGGGGCAGCCAACCGCAAACUCGCUGGCAUGACUCACUCUGCUUGGAUCGAGGGACUGACGGGCCCAUUCGCGACACUGGACAAUCUCUAUAACGACUUUCCUAUCAGAGUAGAAAACUUCGUCAAAGGUUGGAUGGAAAGCAAUCAGAUAUUGUGGAACCUUUCGAGUUCCGAGAAGUACAACCUGUACACCGUGACCUCUUACCCAUCAGGAUCGAGGUACAUCUACGACAGGAAUGGCGCCGUUUUGCCCACCACAUUGGUCUUUGAACCGAUGUUCGCCCCGAGUUACGUAGAAGCCAUCAAACUUGCAGGCCUCGGAGCGGUGUACGCGGAAACCAUAACUCGGGCAUUCGACGGAAGCGGGGUAGCUGUCGACAGCUGGCUUCAGCUACAGCAAUGGAUGUCGCCAAGUGAAUACUUGGAGCGGAGACGGUGUUACAAAGCGGACAGCCGUAGCGUGUGGUCGGCCGUGGCACUUCCCGUCGUCCUGCGCGCGCUGAAGAAUACGGAACAUAGGACGAAUUACGGGCCGCAGAAGUUGAUUAAUUUCACGUCGUACAGUCGCGAGGCGUUGUUCUUCAUGGCAUACUGCUUCGCCUCCUGUUCGCUUGACGGAGCGGAUGAGGUGUACUCCAUUCGGAGCAAGGAGGCUUGUAACUACGCCUUGCAACAGUCCACGGAAUUUGCAGAGGCCUUCCAAUGCCCCGUUGGGACUCCCAUGAAUCCGGAGGACAAGUGCAAGUUCUGGUGACGCGUACCUAAAUGCUCGGUUUGUCUGCGAAAGAAUCUCGCGGAUCUGAAUUAUCUCAAUAAACGGCGUCCUUGCAAGUUGCA